CUAACCGCAAUGCGCUGUGGUACAUCCCGCCAAAAGCCAGCGCCAAUUCGCCGCAAUACUAUAGUUGUACCAACUAUCCAGCAAUAGCAAUCGGGCUAAUCGAGCUCAUUACAAUCCAACAUAUAACCAGUCCUGAUACAAUUGAACGACGAAAUGCCGCCAGUCUCAAGGAUACUGUCGUACGCCCCAAGGGUAGCCAUACGACCAUCGAGUCAAUUGGCCCGUCCUGCCCGCGCCUUUGCGGUCGGCACUGUUCGCUACUACUCAGCCGAGCAACCCGAGGAGCCCCUUAUCCGCGUGACGGAUCUCCCCGCGCCCAACAGCGGCCACAUUCGAGUCCUCGAGUUGAAUCGACCAAAAGCACGCAAUGCCAUCUCUCGCGCGCUCCUAGCUUCUCUAAGGGAAGAGGUCCACUCGAUUGCCCGGCAAUACGAUGCUCAAACCGGUGAGGAGAUCCCGACGCCGUCGUGGAACAAGAGGUUUGGCGGGAUAGCAGGCGACAGCGAAAAGGGCCCGACGCGCGCUCUGGUGCUCGCCAGUGCAGUGGAGAGCAGCUUUUGCGCUGGUGCUGAUCUCAAGGAGCGGAGGGGUUUCACGCAAGAGGAGACCAACGAGUUCCUCGCCAAUUUACGCUCUACCUUUGCCGCUCUCGACGCUCUACCAAUUCCCACCAUCUCCGCUAUAUCGUCCCGCGCCCUUGGCGGCGGACUCGAACUUGCCCUAUGCACACACUUUCGAGUCCUCACCUCCAACGCCAUCGUGUCCCUGCCCGAGACUCGCCUCGGAAUCAUCCCCGGAGCGGGCGGCACUCACAGGCUACCCCGCCUCAUCGGCCUCGGUCGGGCCCGCGACAUGAUUGUGACGGGCCGGGCCGUGUCGGGCGCCGAAGCCUACUUCCUGGGCCUAGCCGACCGAUUGGUCGAGGUGCUCCCGCCCGACGAGCAGGAGGCCGCAGACACCACGGACAAGGAUGCGGCGCUGCUAAGUGCCGCCCGCGAGGCUGCCUUGACCGAGGCCGUGCGCCUCGCCUCGCAGAUCUGCGAGGGUGGACCGAUCGGGAUCAGGGCCGCCCUGCAGGCGGUGCAGGCGCCGUCCCAAGAGACUGAGAACAAAAUGUACGAGAGGGUGAUUGGGACCGAGGACCGGAACGAGGCGCUCAAGGCGUUUGCGGAGAAGAGAAAGCCUGUGUUCAAGGGGAGGUAA